CCUCAUGCUCUGCAUGGCAAGAGCUCAGAGAUUAAGGGGUUUGUCUGCACGGCCAACAACAAGGAUUGCUCACAGUUCGUAACUUGCCAAAGAGGAAGGGUGAUUAAUGUUUUUUAAAAGUUGCAACUUUUGCAGCUAUCACAGAUUUGACUUUGUUGCAAAAAAAAGCAGUGGAUUACCUUUUUUUUUUUUCUUCUUCUUUUGUUCAUCUGCCUGUGCAAGACAGGUAGAACAAAGUGUGGGGAGAGCGCAGCUACAAUCUAAAUGCCUGUGUGAGUCUGUGUGAGUAAAGGAGCCAGAGGAUGCAGGUGGCAGCGAGGCUUUGCUCUAACUUGUUUGAAGUUUUUUUUCCAUGUCAAAGGUGAAGGGAUUAUGCCUGGCAUAGGAAUUUAGUCUUCAAAUGAAGGACUUCAUGAGCUGAAUUUCAACAAGCAGAAUGUGAACAUUGGCUUGUGCUACACGCUUGUGAAUGAGGAUACAUGUGUGAAUCAGUUUGAGUGAAGUGCCAUGCUAUUCCUUAGCAGUGGGACCGUGGAUGCGACCCCAAGGAGUACAGCUAUUGGCCAACAACAGCAGGGGAAAACUGUUUACCACAUCUCUGUAACCCUGAACGAAACGCAGGGAGAUGCGCCGGUGUCAGAGCUGGGGAUGGGCCAGGUUACCAACAACCUGGUUGAGAAUUACCAGCCAGGAGGAGAGAUAAUUAGUGUGGUGCCAAUGGAGAACAGCCCCAGGCUGGGCAGGGCACGGCAGGAGCUUGACAGGUGGCCCUCCCUGAGCUGCACAGGUAGAGUUGGGAGGCAAAGAGAGGACAUAGUUGUGGAGGAGAACGAGGAGGAGUUGGAGGAGGUGGAGGGAAAAAUGAAGACUGACAGGUUUUUGAAACAAGCCUCCAAGAACUCAGGUAACUCCUCACAGCGAGGCAGAGACGUGGCAGCGACAGACGCUCAGACAGACGCUCAGACAGACACCCAGGAGCAACACAUUCAAAGCUCGACAUUACGAUCCGUCACAGUCCGUGCUAAAGGCCUUGUCUUCGGGGAACAUGGCACCGUUGCGGGACAUAGCUCUCUGCCUCGGGCCGUGUUGCGAAGGUGGCGUCAGGAUGAUGCCCCGCUGGGUAGGAGGACGGUGAGCAUGUAUGGCGACUCACUCAAGCAGCAAACAGAUUCUCAACCUGAACAAGAUAGGCGGCUGCGGAGGCCCAGGAGUGUGUGCAUGCUGGCAGGCCCAGGCCCAGUCCUGUUGGAGCCCCGCAUCCAGGACCCCUUCAAGAGGGCAGGCAGUAUAGAAAACAACCAGCAGAACUGGAGCAGGAAGGCUGAGUUGAGGGCUGUAGAUGGCCUCAAUCCAGUUGUGGCUCUGCGACCUUUGGUCCCCGCAGAGGUGGCCCCCAGGGUCCGCCAGAGGAACUGGAAGCCCAGGCCUGUUAGUAUGACAGUACUGGAGCUAAGAAAGAGGGGCUCUGAUGAUGAGAUAAACAGCCAGAGGAGCUACAGCCACACAGGCAGCGAUGGAGCAGGCUUUCUCAAAGGGGGCUUCCGUUGGAGGCUUUUUGGCAAAGUACCGCAAGAUAAGAGCAAGGAGAAGGAAAGUGACAAAGAUGCAAAAUCUUCUCCCAAAUCCAGUAAAUCUGAUGCGCCAAGAAGUACACUGAGCUCCUUAAGACGGAGCCUCAGCCUGCGAAUCAGGAGGAGCCGGCCCCGGGACAAAGUUACUUUAGCGUCUGAAACGGAAUUAAAGGAUUGCUCUCGGACUAAAAGUACGGCUGAGGAGACAACAAUGCCUCCACGGCCUUUCUCGUACCUCACAGGAAGAACACUUCCAACUUCCAGUGAGCAGGUUGAGGAUGGGGGAAUGCAGUACUUUCAGUACCACAGCAUGGGGAAGGUCAAGGUAAUGGAGGUACCCCUCUGUCCAGCAAAACUGUCUUCCAAACCAGUUCAGGAAGAACCAAGCAUAUGGCAGCUCAUAGCCAACCGUUUCAGGAGGAAAGAGCAGCCGUGCAGUGGCAAUUGUGAAAGCCAGCAGCCCCAGAGCAAAGAAACUGGCCAACACCCCCUGGCCGGGAAUAAUAAGUCACAGCCAGUCGCCAUAGAGACUCUGGCAGGCAUUGACUCCCACAAAGGUCAAGACUCUUUCGUCAACAGCCAGGAAUGGACAUUGAGUCGGUCGGUGCCAGAGCUGAAAGUGGGCAUUGUGGGAAAUCUGUCCAGCGGGAAGUCUGCUUUGGUCCACCGGUACUUGACAGGCACAUAUGUGCAGGAGGAGUCUCCUGAAGGUGGACGGUUCAAGAAAGAAAUAGUGGUGGACGGACAGAGCUACCUACUUCUGAUCAGAGAUGAAGGAGGGCCUCCAGAAUUGCAGUUUGCUGCCUGGGUGGAUGCGGUGGUUUUCGUCUUUAGCCUGGAGGAUGAGAUCAGCUUCCAGACAGUCUACAAUUACUUCUUGCGCCUAUCCAGCUACAGGAACACAGCUGAGGUCCCCAUGGUCCUCGUUGGAACACAAGACGCAAUCAGUGCUGCCAACCCCAGAGUGAUCGAUGACUCGCGGGCCAGAAAGUUGUCAAACGACCUGAAGCGCUGCACGUAUUAUGAGACCUGCUCCACCUAUGGCCUGAAUGUGGAGAGAGUCUUCCAGGACGUUGCCCAGAAGGUUGUGGCCAUGAGGAAAAAGCAGCAGCUCUCUAUUGGUCCAUGCAAAUCUCUCCCUAACUCUCCCAGCCACUCAUCAGUCCCCGCUGCGUCUAUCCCCUCUGUUCACAUUAACCAGGCGGCCAAUGGUGGGGGUGCGUUCAGCGACUACUCCUCCUCUGUUCCCUCCACCCCCAGCAUAAGUCAGCGGGAGAUGCGCAUUGAGACCAUCGCUUCCUCCAACACGCCCACGCCCAUCCGCAAGCAGUCAAAGCGCCGCUCCAACAUUUUCACAUCACGGAAAGCCAGUGAACAAGCAAAGAGCGUUGACAGUAAAACAGACAGCAUAGGCAGUGGGAGGGCCAUACCUAUCAAACAGGGAAUCCUUCUGAAGCGAAGUGGCAAAUCCCUCAACAAGGAGUGGAAGAAGAAAUAUGUCACACUGUGUGAUAACGGUGUCCUUACUUACCACCCCAGUUUACAUGACUACAUGCAGAAUGUGCAUGGGAAAGAGAUAGACUUGCUGAGGACGACAGUCAAGGUUCCUGGGAAGCGACCGCCCAGAGCGGUGGCCACCGUCGCCCCCACUGCUAGUCCCAAAACCAACGGGCUGACCAAGGACCGCAGCACCCUGCAGCUGGGCAUCGGAAACACAGGUGCUCCUCACUCCAACAGUAGUUCAUCCCUCCAGACGGGCGCGUCGUUGUUUAGCGCCAGCAAAGACGGCAUGCACCAACGCUCCUUCUCCGUGUCCAGCGCCGACCAGUGGAAUGAAGCCAUCAACACCAGUACAAGCAGCGGAGCCCCCAAUGGAAUGAGUGAUCCCGCGAGUUCCUUUGUGGGCAGCGCCACGAGUCCUAAACUUGAGCCACCUCCUUCGCCACACGCCAACCGCAAGAAACACAGACGGAAAAAGAGCACGGGCAUCACAAAGCCAGACGGCUUAUCUGCAGGCAAUGAAGAGCAAGAGGAUUCCUUUGAGUUCAUCAUCGUGUCGUUGACGGGUCAGACGUGGAACUUCGAGGCGUCUACGUAUGAGGAGAGGGAACUAUGGGUCCAAGCGAUCGAGAGCCAGAUCUUUGCCAGCCUGCAGUCCUGUGAGAGCAUAAAGAACAAGUCUCGGUUAGGCAGCCAAAGUGAUGCGAUGGCCAUUCAGUCCAUACGAAACGUGAGGGGGAACAGCUUCUGUGUGGACUGUGAUGCACCCAACCCAGACUGGGCCAGUCUGAACCUGGGCGCCUUGAUGUGCAUCGAAUGCUCCGGGAUCCACAGAAACUUGGGCACCCACCUGUCCCGGGUCCGCUCCCUGGACCUAGACGACUGGCCGGUGGAGCUCAGCAUGGUGAUGACGGCCAUCGGUAACGCGAUGGCCAACAGCGUAUGGGAAGGCGCUUUGGAGGGUUACGCCAAGCCGGGGAGCGACAGCACCAGGGAGGAGAAGGAGCGCUGGAUCCGAGCCAAGUACGAGCAGAAGCUGUUACUGGUGGGCCUGCCCCAGUCGGACAUGCCCCUGGGGCAGCAGCUACUUCGGGCGGUGGUGGAGGACGACCUGAGGUUGGUGGUGGUGCUGCUGGCCCACGGCACCAAGGAGGAGGUUAACGAGACCUACGGGGACGGAGACGGACGAAGCGCUCUGCACCUCUCCUGCGCUAUGGCCAACGUGGUCAUCACACAGCUGCUCAUCUGGUACGGUGUGGACGUGAAGAGUCGUGACGCUCGUAGCCAGACCACGCUGUCCUACGCCCGGCGAGCCGGCAGCCAGGAGUGCGCGGACAUCUUACUUCAGCACGGUUGCCCCAACGACACAAGCAGCCUGACGUCCGUGGCCACGCCCAACAUGAGCCGCCGCAACCCCAAUCCCAACAUCAACAACAACAACGCCCAGUGUGAGCUCAACCGCAGCAUCAGCAUCAUGUAGGAGCCCGGGAGCCACUGCAGACAAACAAACGAACAACCCCCGAAACCCUCUCGUCUCUUCCCAGUACUUCCUCCUCUGUUUCACACUGUGUAACCCAGAAUCAGUACCAACGGAGAGAUAUCCGGAGCCAUGGACUCAUUGUUUAUAUUCCACUAUGCCGAAGGAAGUGGCUGUUCGGACAUUGUACAUUGUUUGUUUUUAUAUUAUUAUUUUUUAUUUGUUAAAUUCAUUCAAAUCUUGGUCUGAAACGAUCACGAUCAGCUUUAAGCUUUUUGUUUUUUAAGCGCCAACCAAACAAAUGACUUACUUUGGCAUUCAUACCUACCCUACGAAAAGCAUUUCCUUAAUGCUUGAACAUUUCCUUUUAUGUCUUCCCCUUCUGCCGACGCGAACUGAUUUCAUAAUGAGCUUGAAAUGAGAAACUUCCUUCAAAUUUCCAAGCCUAAGCAUAAUAACAUAAAACUGUGAGGAAUAGUUGUACAAGUGACAAAACACUUGAUGUGGGAAAGAAACUAAAUCUUCCAUGAUCUCAAUGGCUGUUACAGCUUUAGUAAUGAUGCAUGUCUUCAACACAGCUAUCAAACUCAUGACAUACUAUUCAUACACAGAGGCAAAGCAAUUAUAGUUGAAGAGUCCAAAUGAUUUAGAUACUUAAUUCACGGGAAAAUGGGUUCGGAUCAUCAUAAAGGAGUUGAUUGCGGAAUUCCUAUCGGGUGAAAUUGAGUCAUUUCCUCCGCCACCCUUAUCGUGAUCCUCCAGUAAAAGUGUCCGUGGCUAUAAAGGAAUUAAGGGGCAUAAUGUUUUAUGACCAUCGAAACACAGGGCUUUGUCAGCGUGCCUCUUCAAUCAGAAUUCAUUCAAAUCCAAAGGUUUGAUUGAAACAGUGAAACUGUACCAUUAAUGACGUCUUUGUUGGAGUAAUUCUCCAAUUGACUAGAUUGUGUUGAUGAUUGUUUGACAUAGAUAGAUAUCCAUUCACCUCCUGUGGCCAAAGGCCGUAGAAUCGGUACUUUGGAUAGCAUUUCGUUGCUGUGAAAUACAUAUAUGGUACUGUGUGUGUGCGUCCGUACAUAACUGUACAACACGUCUGUGCUUACGUCUUCGUCUGUGUGCAGCAGAGAGAGCGACUGGGCAUUUCUGUUCAUAAACACCGGAGAGAAGACACCUACAGUGAACAUAACUGUGUUUUAAUGUACAGACGUCUGUAAAAAGUAGUUCUUGUUCAUUCACCUUAUUCCUUAUAACAACAGUUUGAACUUCCUUUCCUUUUACCUUAAACCUGUGUGUCAGCCUAAAAGCAGGGAGUUAACAAAAUGCAUUCGUGUGACUGAAGUGAGACAUUUAGGGAGUAAAAAUGAGCACGGAGACUCAUCGAGGGAAGUAUAAUUAGUUUGACUGUCCUUGCGUUAAUACAAAUGUACAGUAUUCCACUGACAUGAUAAGCCGAUUAAUUUAUAGUAAAGGUAAAAAAAAUGAAUUCAGGUGGAGUUUGCACAAUGUCUACAGUGUGUUUUCCCGUUUAUUCAACUGCCAUUUUUAAGGUUUUAAACCGUCUUGAUUUUAUGAGUUUACAAAGGCAGGAUGUGUGUUUACAAAGCAAGUUGUUAACUUUUUGUACCUUAUUUUCAGGGUUCUGUUGUUGCUUUACAGUAUUUGAAUAUGCGGUCAAAAGAGGGGUGUUUGUACAUCAAUGCGAUAGCGAUAUUGUAAAGGAAUAGUUUGACAUUUUUGGGAAAUGUGCUUUCUUGAUCAGAAGAUCAAUACCACUCUCACUCUCAGGUCUGUGUGCGAUUAGCCUAGCCUAGCAAACAGUUAGCCUGGUUAACAUACACCAUGUGACUCCCUCUAAAAUAGUUUUUUACAUGUCUGUUGUUGUACAAAUUAAACAAAGAAGAAAUAUCUUGUCAUCAGCAUAGAGGUGGUGGCAGACAUAUUUUCGACCUCUAGAGAGAGCCAGAUUAACGCCGUCUCCCUGCUUCUGGCCUUUAUGCUAGCUCAACUAAACUGACAGCCUCCUGGCUCUAGCUCUAUACUUUAUAUAGGCAUGAGAGUGGUAUCGAUCUUCUCAUCUAAGUCUCAGCAAGAACGCGAAUAAGCACAAAAUGUCCAACUAUUUCUUCAUGACGUCCCUCAAACCGACCACAUAUUCAACCUUCAAAUUGACGUGUACUGUACAGUGGUACUGGCCUUAUUUCUGAUUUCUACUUGAUUUCAAUGAGUACAUUUCAGUGUCCGAGGGGAUUACUGAGUGGAGUUUAAUGUGUAUAGUGAUUACCUGAACCCUUAUUUACAUACUGUAGAUGGUGAAAAAAAAAGAAAACACUAGAAACCUGCCUCUUUUUUCCCAGACACAACAUGUACAUAUUAGCUUAAUGCUUUUACCUGAAGACAAGCUCCUCCUAGAGAAACAAACUGGUUUUAGGUCAACGGUCCCUUUUGACCCAUGAACCAUAUUUUGAUAUGUUGUUUUUUUGUUUCUCCUUAGGCAUAUUUUUAAGGUACUUCUGUUUGGUCCCGACAUGAACCGACCAUCUUUGGUACUUGUGUAUAAUGAUGUACAUUUGACAUAUUUAUAAUGCAGUUUGUAAAUAUCUUUUGUUUUUCUUUUGUUUGAGUUAAUUUUCCUAUUGUAUUUCCUUUUACGUUCAGAACGUGAAACAAAGCAAAAGCUAAAGAGUAACUUGUUGUAUGCUUGGAUGCUCGGCUGACUGUUGACCUAUUAAUAAACACUCAAAUAAAACGACGUAGCCUUCCCUGCAUUUAGGGAAAUCGA